CAACCUGCCCCAACCAGCAGAAUCAGAAGUCGCAGUCACUUUUUCUCGUCCGAGUGUGUUUUUGCUGGCCCAGACCCCGAAAACCUUUAACAAAGAGAUAAACACGGCCGUAUUGCAGGCAAAAGUGUGGAAAAUUGAUUAUUCUCCCCCUUUCUCUCUCUCGAUUGAAUUGCCUUCCCUCGUAGUUUUGCCUUCGCCCGAGUUUCGUCGCCGCUAGUCUGUACGAUAUUUUGCAUCCGAGUGUGUUAUGCGUGUGUUUUCCACAGUGCCACGGCCAAGUACGCAGUGAAACGCUCUAGUCACAACACGGGAGUGAUCUGUCUCACUCCACUACAGGAGUGUGUGUGUGUGUGUGGUGUGAAGAAGCAACAUAAAAGCGAACGGGGAAGGUCGUGUGUGAUAACAGAUUUCGUGAAAUCCACGUAAUUGCUAAAGUACAUCGUACACAGCGAGCCCUACCAGCAGCAGCAGCAGCAGCAGCAGCACCAUCAUCAUCAUCAUCCUUCAUCGCCCACACGUCCGCGACCAAUCUUCUACGUUAAAAUGUCGUACGCUUACUUGUUCAAAUACAUCAUCAUAGGAGACACAGGUGUGGGCAAGUCCUGCCUGCUGCUGCAGUUUACCGACAAACGCUUCCAGCCGGUGCACGAUUUGACGAUCGGCGUCGAGUUCGGGGCACGCAUGAUCACCAUCGACGGCAAGCAGAUCAAGCUACAGAUCUGGGACACGGCCGGCCAGGAAGCGUUCCGGUCGAUCACCCGCUCGUACUACCGUGGGGCGGCCGGCGCCCUGCUCGUGUACGACAUUACGCGCCGCGAAACGUUCAACCAUCUGACCACCUGGCUGGAGGACGCCCGGCAACACUCGAACUCGAAUAUGGUCAUUAUGCUGAUCGGAAAUAAGAGUGAUCUUGAUUCACGCCGCGAAGUGAAGAAGGAAGAAGGCGAAGCGUUCGCGCGCGAGCACGGGCUGGUGUUUAUGGAAACGUCCGCCCGUACGGCGGCCAACGUCGAGGAAGCGUUCAUCAACACGGCGAAGGAGAUCUACGAAAAGAUUCAGGAGGGCGUGUUUGAUAUCAAUAAUGAGGCUAACGGCAUCAAGAUUGGCCAGCAGCACUCCCCGACGAGCCCAUCGCUGGGCAGCGGCAACAGCCCGGGCGGACCGGCCAGCAGUGGUUGCUGCUAAGCGUCGUGCCGCCAGCCACCGACGAUCAUGAUGUGCAAUGCCGUGCCCGACGACGGUCCGCCGCUGGGCCGAAGCUGGGAUGAAAUUAAGUAAAUUGGUCUAACAACUGGGAUUGGAACAAAAUGGCAAGCGAGCGAGCGAGCGAAAUACAGGGGCGGGCGGAGGUUUGCGUGCACUCUGUAGCGUUUCACCCUUCUUCGGUCGAAUCUACUCCUUUUUCGGCCAGACUGUGCUGAAUCAGCGAAUGCGGGUCACCGAAGGGAUGAUCGCUAUAGAGCAGCUACACAACCGAAGGCGAUCAACGGGAGAGAAACAGGAAGAGAUAUGGAAUAAACAAAGUUGGGGCUGCAUUUCCUUUCCCCUUCCCUCUAUUACAUUAGCUAUUGCAAAAACAAACAAACAGUAAAGUAAACUAAAAACCAACUACAGUCAAACGGUAUCAAGCGAAAAAGUGUACAAAAGCGUCCCUUAAAUACGCUUUUCUCAUUUCAAACAGAUCAUCGAGAUCCUCGAAAGGGUGAUCUCUGUGGUCGCCCAGGCAAGGCAAGAAUCGUAGAGGGGAAAGAGAAUGGCAGGAAAAGAAAACCCGAGAGCGGAAAAGACGCAAACACUAAAAGAAAACUUCUGAGCCCAAAACAAACCAAAACCAAUUCCAAUCUUUUGUGAUGGGGAAUAUGUGUGUAAGUGUAUGUGUACGUGAGAAACAACAAAAAAAAAACAAACUAACCAAUGGUGGAGAGCAUGGAAAGCGUAACCGAAAUAAAAAGUAAGAAAACUGAAACAAUAAAAAGAAGAGAAAAAAGACAAAACCCAACCAGAGCAAGUAAAAGACACAAAAAAAAGAAAGAGGGAGAAAACGCGGACGGUAGCACAUCAUGGGAAACAUCAUUCCGUGUGGAAACAACAAAAGCUUCCAGCAGAUGGGGACGAUUUCGAUUUGUUUUUUUUUGUAUUUGUUGGCAUCCUGUAGAAAGAGGAAGGAUCGCUUAGCCCCUGGCAAACCAUCGCUGGACGGGGCGGGAAACGAAACGACGCACGCGGUGGUGUACUAGGUGGGUGGAUGGCGGCUGUAAAGUAAAUUAUAAACGUAAAUUUUUACUCUCUUUAACACUGAUCACUAUUUCUACACACCCAAAGAGAUACAUACAAUUUCACACACACAAACACUAACAUUCGACGGUCAGUGAUGAUCAACUUCACGCCGCCCAUGGGGACGUUGUGUCCGUACGGGAAUGUAGUGCCGAUUAAAAGCCGGAAAACAGCUGCUAAUUGCGUUUCUGCCAGCGUCGCUGCGCAUUUGCGUGCGUAUGAGCCUUAUUCGGUGCAUCGGCCAGAGUACUGCCGAUCGCUUCGUUUUAUUUACCAUCGCCACACGGAUCACCAACUGCUUGACUGUUUCGUACGGCCUCUGCCUGAGCCUUUGCUUUUGCCAAAUGUUUUUCAUUUCACGAUCACGCAAAUUGAAUAAUGAUAAUGCCAUGAAAAAAGUAUUUGUACGCUGCUACUCCUUGCGUGUCCAUUGGUUUGGCCUGUGGCGUAUGCAAACCCGCUUCCUUUCGUACAAUCUCAGAACGUGACUGUAACAGGACGCUCCAAAUAGGAGAAGGAAAGGAGUAAAGUCAUCCGUUUCAAUAAAACCUCAAUCAGAUAUAGCUAAACAAAGUUAAUUAAGUACAACAAUUGCUGCACUUGCAUGAAUAUUGCCAAUUAGAGGGGCAUUAGUUACGCCUUCCACUACUACAAACAAAAAUCGCUCCUUUUUCAAUCGAAUUGCCCAAACCUGUUACAAUUAAUUUAUAAAUAUUAUUAUUAUAUAGUUCAUCCUUUUAAAUGGUGCACCCUUCGGCACCGGCACCAUGUUUGCGUAUGGCUGCUUACGCCGCAGACAAAAUAUGUAACGCUAACCUACCCUCUCCUACUUCUAUUGCUUGCAAUUGAACGAUACAAUACGAUUAAAAACACACAACCGGACACAUUGAAAACAUACAUAAUACCCGUUAUAAACAAAAUAGUACUAAUGUUAAAUUCAAAACAAAAGAUUGCAAGCUAAAUACCACCAUUUCUCAAC